UGAUAUUUAAUGCAAUUUAAAAGUGUUUGCACACAGCCUUCAUCCAGGCUUUCAUUGCAAAUGCUUUGCUGAGCUCUCCAUAUUCCCAGGCUGAUUCACAGAGGUUCAGUGCAAUGCAGGUCCCAUUUCCAGCCCUGGGUUAAUGCUUGGAUAGGUUGAAAUUUGUUACUGUGUUUACUACAACUGUGGUAUAACAGUAUCUUCAGUGAUAAGUGUAGUUUCUCUGUGCUGAUACGUUCUGAGAAACACUGCCAGAACAUAGAUAAAGGAGAGCAUAUGGAUCUGUAAUAGACAUAAUAAAAAUGGGAAAGGAAGAGAUUUACAGCAACAGAAACCCAUUGUGGUUUGGAUGAGCAACGAAUGAAGUUUCAGAUCAUUCAGCUUUGGUUUCAUCUAAUUUCCUCAGUAACUCCUACUGAGCUACUUGCCUGAGGCAGAGUGAAGGGGACCAGAACUGUGGGUCCAUGUGGGAAAGCCUGACAACAGAAACUUGGUGUACAUGAAGUGUGAGCAUUAGAAAGCCUGGCAUAUGUGGAUGUUCAGGCCUCUGACCCUCACUAAGAGCAGCUCAACUAUUCUCCUGCUUAAGCUGAUUGCACCACCUCUCUGUUCCCCAGCAUGCAGCCUUGCUUCAUACACCUGCAGAAGUAAAGGCAGGACAGAAAAGUCCUAUUUGCUCGAAUAAUGCAGGAAUCAGGUGAAGACUCUAUGACUCAGACUUAAUUAGCUGUUUCACAGAUGAUACCUGAGUCAGAAAAUGCCCACUUCGUUCUCCCAGAGAUUAAUUUCUCCUGACUGUAAGAGCUACAGAUGCCCUGAGACUUUCAAAAGAAAAGAUGUGUAACAGUGCUGUCCUGAACAAAUUCCACUGUUGAAACAAGGGAAGAUGAGGAACAAAACAUCAAGCUGACGGAGAUUUUAGAACUGUUGGUGGCUGCUGGGUAUUUCCGAGCAAGAAUCAAAGGGUUAUCGCCCUUUGACAAGGUUGUAGGAGGCAUGACGUGGUGCAUCACUACGUGCAACUUUGAUAUUGACGUCGAUUUAUUGUUUCAGGAGAACUCUACUAUUGGUCAGAAAAUUGCCUUAACUGAAAAAAUUGUGUCAGUAUUACCGAAAAUGAAGUGUCCUCAUCGUUUGGAACCACAUCAGAUCCAGGGUCUGGAUUUCAUUCAUAUAUUUCCCGUUGUACAGUGGCUGGUGAAACGUGCAAUAGAAACAAGGGAAGAAAUGGGGGACUAUAUCCGUUCUUACUCUAUAUCACAGUUUCAAAAAACUCAUAGACUUCCAGAGGAUGAUGAAUUUAUGCAAAGAAAAGAGAAGGCUAUCAAAACAGUUACUGAUAUAUUUGAGGUUUACAAACCCCAGAGAAAAUACAGACGUCAAAAGGGGGCUGAAGCACUACUAGAUGAGGAGUCAAAGGUUCAUGCUACGCUUCUGGAAUAUGGCAGGAGGUACGGGUUUAGCAGACAAGCAGGAAAAACAGAACAGACUGAAGAUAAGAAAAUUGUGCUACCCUCAGGGCUUGCAGCAGCAGGAAAAGCUGAGCCUUGUGAUGAAGAUGACCUUCGGGCAGCUGAAGAGCUUCGCAUUAAAACUCUGAUGACUGGAAUGGCUGCAAUGGCAACAGAAGAGGGCAAGUUGACAGCAAGCACAGUAGGACAGAUAGUUGGACUCCAGUCCGAUGAGAUCAAGCAAAUAGUGUCAGAAUAUGCUGAAAAGCAAUCUGAGCUUUCUGCUGAGGAGCGACCAGAAAGGCUUGGAGCUGCUCAACAACACAGAAGGAAGGUGGCAUCUCUGAAUAAGCAGAUUUUGCAGAAAACCAAACUCCUGGAAGAGCUGCAAGCUAAAUGUGUUGAUCUACAGGCAAAAUGUACCGAAGCAAAAAAGGCAUUAACUGAGGUCAAGAGUUGCAGUGAAAAGCUGGAUAAAGAAUUAGCAGCCUUAGAAACAAUAGAAUCCCAAGCAGAUUCUAGUGUGUUACAGAAUCUGCGAACACUGGUAGCCAUGAAUGAAAACCUUAAAAGCCAAGAGCAAGAAUUCAAAGCACACUGUAGGGAAGAAAUGGAGCGCCUUCAACAAGAUAUUGAGAGUUUGAAAGCUGAGGCAGCAGAAAAUGGGGAGGAAGAGGAGCCAAAUAAGCUCAUAGACCAACAGUACAAAGCUGAGAAGGAAAAGCUUCAAAAGAUCCGGCUAUUGCUGGCACGAAGAAACAGAGAAAUAGCGAUUUUACAGCGCAAGAUUGAUGAAGUACCCAGCCGAGCUGAGCUAACACAGUAUCAGAAGAGAUUUAUUGAACUUUACAGUCAGGUCUCAGCAACUCACAAAGAAACAAAGCAGUUCUUUACGCUUUAUAAUACACUGGAUGAUAAAAAAGUAUAUUUGGAAAAGGAGGUGAAUUUACUGAAUUCUAUCCAUGACAACUUUCAUCAGGCAAUGGCAUCUUCUGGUUCUCGUGAGCAGUUCUUACGUCAGAUGGAGCAGAUCGUAGAAGGCAUCAAACAGAAUCGAAUGAAGAUGGAAAAGAAGAAGCAAGAAAAUAAAAUGCGGAGAGAUCAGUUGAAUGAUGAAUACUUAGAGCUUCUAGAGAAACAAAGGCUUUACUUUAAAACAGUGAAAGAAUUUAAAGAGGAAUGUCGUAAGAAUGAAAUGCUGCUGUCCAAGCUGAAAGCUACUUCUUCCUGAAGAUCUCCAGCUGGUGAAGUUGAUCUAUAUGAUUGUUCAGUCUAUACAUUAAAUCUCUUUUGUGAAGUGACAAUUACAGCUGCAAUUGUACACAUACGUGUGUAUAUAUAUAUACACACAUACACACACAGCUGUAAAGUCUGGAAUUUUUUCCAGUAUGUACUCUUUUACAUUCCUUCAUCAAAUGGCUGUAUUAUUCAUUAUUGCCUCCACUACACAGUAAAGAGUUAAUGCAGUACAGCAAAACAGAAAUACUGUCUAAUUUUAUUUAUUUUUGUUGUUUUGCUUUUUUUUCUUCACAGUAAGGACAAUGAAGAUGGUUUUUAUUUGGGGUUUAACACUGAAGAACUACAAAGUUCUGCAAUAAGUAGAUACAGUCUGUGUCGUUUGUCCAGUACCAUAAGAUGAGCACUGCAAGGUGCAGUGGCUUGUUAAUUUUGGCCAAACAUAAACACAAGAAAUGGUUCCCAAAACUUUCCAGCAGCUAAUAACUUCACAUCAUUUUAAUUUAAACUCUAGGUAAGAUUCCAGAGGAAUACAAAUUAAUUUCUAAUGGUUAAGACAAAAGAAAAUGGAAACUUAUCUUGGAUAAUGCUCAUGUAAAAAUAUAGAUCUAUAUUUUUAUAAAGUCUAGCAGUUGUAUAAUUUUGUUUGAAAUUUCCUUUUUAUAUAUAGAGUAUGCACUUGUUAAAUUAAUAACUCCAGGACAUACACCUUAAUCAGUAGAGCCAUCGUGUUAUCCCUGGCUGGGAUGAAAAUCUAAGUCUGUGUCAGCUGUAACAUAGGAAGGUAAAUAUUCAGACUUUCUGCUCAAAUGACCUGACGCUCACCUUUGAAGACAACAGCCUAUCUACCCUACUGAAGAUUUAGAAACUUUGUGGAACACUUUCUGAAACAUUUUUAUCUCUGUAUGUAUGGUAUUUUAUAAUUCAAACAGUUGCUUUUUGUACUUAACAUCAGGAUUUUGGACUGACUUACUGUACAUCACAUCUUUUAUUCAGUAAAAUGAAAACCACAUUAUUUUGCCCCAGUAACAUUGAUGACUGCUGAUAGAUUACUUUCUAUGGCAGCAAAUACAAAAUAAAAAGAUGUUUAGAAUUCA